UGGAGCAAGGGACUUCAUCGGGGCCGUCGGAUUUCGCGCCGAAGAAGCUCGUUCGGCAGCUCGAUUUCACUACUUCGUACGGCCGCGGAGGGCCGCCGGCGAUGGCGGCAGAGGCGGCGGCGGCGGCGGCGGACCCGCAGCCAGCAGCAGCUGCUACGCCUCCUGCUGCUUCCAAUAUCGCGGCCUUCGGUUCCAAUCUCAGUGAAGCCUGAGUCUCCAAAAUCACGUCCAAGGGCUAUAUUUGAAGUGAAAGAUGGUACUCCAACAAGGAAAAAAAAUUGUAACUGCAAACAUUCGAGAUGCUUGAAGCUGUACUGUGAGUGUUUUGCAUCAGGCGUUUACUGUGAUGGAUGCAACUGUGCGAACUGUUGCAACAAUGUUGAAAAUGAAGCUGCCAGGCAUGAAGCAGUUGAAGCUACUUUAGAGCGCAACCCUAAUGCCUUUAGGCCUAAGAUUGGUAGCAGUCCACAUGCCAUCAGGGCCAGUAGGGAAGAAGCAGGGGAUCUUGCUAUGGUGGGGAAGCACAAUAAAGGGUGCCAUUGCAAGAAAUCAGGCUGCCUUAAAAAGUACUGUGAAUGCUUCCAAGCAAACAUUCUUUGCUCUGAAAAUUGUAAGUGUAUGGACUGCAAGAACUUUGAAGGGAGUGAAGAGAGAAAAGCUCUUUUCCAUGGUGACCAUGGGAACCCCUUAACCUACAUGAACCAAGCAGCAAAUGCUGUCUUAAAUGGAGCAGUAGGCCCCUCUAGCUAUGGAUCUCCUGCAGCGAGAAAGAGAAAAAAUCAGGAGCUCUUUUAUCCCACAUCAGUGAAAGAUCAGCCUGUUCACAGGCUUGCACCAUUCCCACAGGCUAGUCAGUUGAGGACUUCAGGACCUCCUUCCUCUUCCAUUCCUGUACCACGUACUGUGAAUCCUACUCCAUUGGGAUCAUCUAAAGUUACGUACAGGUCUCUUCUAGCGGAUAUUGUCCAACAGGAGGAUGCAAAGGAGCUCUGCAGGAUAUUGGUGUUGGUAUCAGGAGAAGCUGCAAAGGCACACUCUGAUAAAAAAGUUCAAGAGGAGAAGCCAGCAGAGGGAGAGGAACAGACAGAGAGCUCACUUGCCUCGUCCAAUCAUGUGAGGGAUGAGAGACAAAGAGAUGCAGAUAUCCAGAAAGCAUCAGUCGAUGAUAGGUCUAGUGGCACCCAUGCUGAUAAAACCAGCGCAGAAGAGUCUGGAUCAGACUCUGCAGAUGGGCACAAAGGUAGCAGGCCUAUGUCACCUGGCACGCUUGCCCUGAUGUGUGAUGAGCAAGAUACAAUGUUCAUGACAUCUCGGAAUCCCAGUACAUCUCCUAGGUUUCAGUCUAACCAAAGAGUGUCAGAGGUUUAUGCGGAUCAGGAGAGGGGUGUGCUGACAGCAUUUCGUGACUCUCUCCUUAAGCUUAUCAAUUGCGGGAAAGUGAAAGAAGCAAAAUACACGUCAACAAGUUACCAGGAACCAGAUAUUAAUGGCAUUGCCAGAACCAUGCCACCAAACUCUGCACAGGUACCUCAGACUGUAAAUCCGAUCCAUGUUUCUUCCAACAACAAUUUGCCUCCUAAAGCUGGACUUCCAGUCACCGAUGGUGGUGGCCUAAAACCAAAGUUGGAGAAUACUUAGAUGUAGCAGAACAAUAAAAUGGAAAAUAUAGGUGAUUUUCGUUUCUUCUUCCCUGUAAUAUUCAACAGCCAUUGCGAUGCUGUUGUCUGCUAAAUAUUGAUUGCCAUUAAUGUACCUAGCCGUUCAGACGGAGGGGGAUAAAAGGAAAUAAGAUGAUCAAGUCCAGUCAUCUGAUUCUCGCAUUGUCAUGAUUUAUGUAAUUUAUCCAUAGUUCAUUUUUGCUUCGGUUAAGUUUGUUGUAGUACCUGCAAAUGUCCCCUUGUAUCUUAUUCCCUGUGUUUCUUCCUCCUGUACGUUAUCGUCAAUGCCUGUAAUAAGCUUUUCCUUCAAGAUAACAAGUUACGUAUUUUUAGUGAUGGCAACACACGAGGAGAUGGAUCCGAGGAAGAAAAUGUAUUUUAUGCGAAAUGUUAACCUCCGAAGCUGCAGUUUAUAUAGCUUAAUUUGUCGACAACAGCCAGAAUGAAACACGAGGAACAUGAUUCACGGCCUUUUCCCACCGAGGAUCUUGGUUCUUUCCAUGUUACAGCUACCUUCAAAGCGCUGCAGCUGUACCCUUGUUUCUGUGAAAAGCAUUCUUGUAAUUUUCCAUUUCUGUACCCUGUAGUGAACCCGUGCAGAUAAUGUGCUCUCUUCUCAUUUUAGUUAUUUUAUGUUUUGAAUGAAGUUUC